AUGCAACCACACAAUCCACUACCCUCAUUGACCCUAAUCGUGGCAACGACCCCAAUCCGCGUCUCAGAAGAAGUAACCCGUCUCGGCAUCGGACUGAAAGGAACACUUCCCUGGCCACGCAUCAAGACCGACAUGUCAUUUUUUGCGCGCGUGACAUCCCGCCCACCUACAGCAGGCAAAACCAAUGCAAUGAUCAUGGGCCGCAAGACCUACGAUUCUGUUCCUGCAUCGUUGCGUCCGCUCGCCAAGCGGACUAGCAUUAUCAUCUCGCGUGACACUACGGGUUCUGUUCAGGAGGGUGUUCGGAAGGAGCUUGAGAAGAGGAAGGAGAAGUUAGCGGCUAAGGCUGCUGAGGCUAAGACUAAGGCGCCUUCUGAGGUUGUUGCGGAUCCUGAGACGGAUGCGUUUGUGGUGCAUAGUUUGGAUGCUGCGAUUCGGGAGUUGGGGGCUCGUGAGGAGUUGGGCAAGGUUUAUGUUAUUGGUGGGGCGGAGAUUUAUAAUGCCAGUUUGAAUAUGAAGAGGGAGGAAUUGCAGGGGAGGGGGUUGAGGGUUGUCAUGACGAAUGUUGUGAGGAAGGAUGGGGAGCCUUUUGAGUGUGAUACUUUCUUCCCGCUGGAUAAGUUGGAUGAAGGCAAUGGGUGGCGGACUGCUAGUCCCACGGAAGUUUCUGAGUGGGUUGGAGAAGAGGUUGAUGGCGAGUGGAAGUCUGAGGGUGAUGUUGAGGUUCAGAUGGUUGGCUUCGAGAAGAUCUAG